AUGAACGUGUUCCGGGAUCGAACCUUCCCCCUGCUUCGGGACCAUGAACCCUCGGGCCGGGCUGACAGGCGUCCCGCUCGGACGGAGCUCCAGCCGGCUGAGGCGGAGCUGCAGAGCCGCUCAGAGAGCAGCGGAUCCCGGGUCGGAUCCCACACGCACUCCCGUCACUGGACCCAGGUCAAUCUGUCUGUUUCCUCUCGUGCAGACCUGAAGACGCCGACCAGGAGCUGCAGGUCCGGAGGAUCUCCUCACAACGACUCCGACCUCCAGCAGGACAUCAUCUGGGACGCCACGUCUCCGUCUCCCAGCAGACUCAGUAAACGAGGGAGAAGACAUCCUGGAGGCGUGAACAUCUCAGACAUCGUCAGCAGGAUCGCUCCAGAGCGCGGCAGACCAGAGGUCACAGAGCCGCGGCUGCAGCAGUGGAUCGGAGACAGCGCCAUCAUCCCCUGCACCCCCGAGGUUCAAGUCCCCAAACACAAGAAGAAGUCCCCGAGGUCGAACGGCGUGGACGAGCUGCUGAAGUUGGCCAAACAGUUUGACUUCAACAUGAUCCGUCAGGACGAAGAGGAGGACCAGCAGAGUCUGGAGCUCCUGUCUGAGGACAUCUUGGAGAACCCUGACCAGGAGGAUUCUAAACCGAGCAGGACGGACGCUCACGUUCUCCUGGACCAACACCCGGAGAGCGAUCUGGACUUUCUGUUUGAUGGACCCACCCAACACGUGAGUGGCAGGUUAAGUCAGGUGACUGCUCACGUUUCAUCUUCCAAAGAGGCUUCUGGGAAAUCUGCAGCUGCUUCCACCACCAACAGUCACGGGGGGGCAGCUCGCGAUGAGUUCGAGGACGACUGGGAAAACGACGACUUGUUAAUGGAUUCACUGGUUUUGGAGAUGACAGAGAAUCCUCAGAAGUUCACGGCUCCGGUUCACAGCUCGACACAGAACCCGACCGGCGACCCGGUUCACCAGACGGAAGUAAACGCUGGUCGUAAAGUGGAAAAAGAAAACGUGAGACAAAGAACAACGUUCAAACUGGAAUCGAAUCCUACCCUCUCUGUGAGGAGGAUCCAGACGGGGACCAGCUCCAAACCAGCAGGCCAGGACACGUUUUCCUGUUUGUCCGCUCAGUCUCAGUUUCUCAGACAAACGUCAAACUCAGAACCGCAGAAGUCCUGGUUUGAUCCGAGUGUUUUCAGCUCGUCGGCCUCGAACGCUGAUCUGAGAACAGCAGCUCCGAGUCUCCUAAAGAAGCCCGUGGUACUGUCUUCCCCCGUGGAGCCCGGGGGCGUCUCUGACGUCCUGGACGAGGACCUGGACGCCUUCUUCUUCUCCGACCCGGUUUGGGACGAUCCGGCUGACGACGACCUGCUGUUUGAAAUGUGUGAGGACCUGGAGAACCAGAACCAGAGCUCGGACAACAUGUCCGCCAGACAGACUCCUCUUAUCCGUCAGGCGUCCAACAGAACCUGGGACAACAGGACCCACCAGCCGGCCAAUCAGCAGCCAGUUCUCCAGAAGCAAACGGGUCGCACGCUGGCGGCCGCCCCGUCCUCUCACCUCACUGCAGGCGUUCAGGUGAAGGAUUCCUUCAGAUCCACCGCGGCGAGCAGCCGGGUUCAGUCAGCUGCUGCGGCGCCGCUGAGGAACUCCAAAGAGCAGUUCACCUUCAAGAGGCCGAACAACCCGGUUUCCACUGCAGCCGGAGAAGCUGGUGGUAAAUGUUCGGCUGCAGAGAUCGAGCUGAAGAAGCUGCGGGCGAUGGAGAAAAGACGACAGCGACUGAACGCCGCCCAGAACCUGGGAGCUGGGACGUGACAUCACAGCCCGGACGUGACAUCACAGCUCCUGUGACAUCACAGCUCGGACGUGACAUCACAGCUCCUGUGACAUCACAGCUCGGACGUGACAUCACAGCUCGGACGUGACAUCACAGCUCCUGUGACAUCACAGCUGGGACGUGACAUCACAGCUCCAUCACAGCUCCGACGUGACAUCAACGCUCGGAUGUGACAUCACAGCUCCUGUGACAUCACAGCUGGGACGUGACAUCACAGCUGGGACGUGACAUCACAGCUGGGACGUGACAUCACAGCUGGGACGUGACAUCACAGCUCCGACGUGACAUCACAGCUCCGACGUGACAUCACAGCUCCAUCACAGCUCCGACGUGACAUCACAGCUGCAGGUGUGAUGUCACACUCACAAUACAGAUUUGUUCUGCUACAGAUUCUUUAAAACUCUAAUUUCUUGAUUCUUUUCUGUCUCAUUUAUUUUUGGAAUCACGUUUUGUUUAAAGAAAACUUUAACUUUUGUCUGCACUAAGAUUCACUUCAGAUCAUUUUCACUAGUGAUCAUUAUGAUGGGGACAUCAAUGAACUGUAUAGUUAGCUUAGCUUAGCAUUAAGACUGGGCGCAGGGGAAGCUGUUAGCCUCGCUCUGUGUGAUAAAGUGUAUUGUGUUGAAUCCAGACACAAACUGAACCUUGUGGAUUCGGGUUCAGUUGUGAGUUUGAAUUAUUUCUGCUCAGCGACUUGAGCCGGAGCCGGAACACGUUCCCACCAAACCUGAGAAUCACCCGGUGACGCCACCGCACCAGCUCCACGUUAAACCCACAGGACGUGUGUCUGUGAGGGGGGGAAGAAACGAGAUGAAGGCUAAGCUAAGCUAAAGCUAAGCUAAGCUAAGCUAAUGAAACUGUCCUGACUGAUCCUGAAGGAAUCGACGAAUCACACGAUCAGCACAUCGCGGUUGGUUUGGACUUUAUUUAGUUUUACAUUUACACUCAUGAUGAAAUCAUUUGAUCUUUAACUCUACAACACUGACAUGAAACAGUCAAGAUUAUUUUAAAAGAUUCAUUUUAAAUAAAGAAAAGUUCCAUGAAUAA